CUAUUCUGUAUUCCGACGGAUUUCUAUUUCGUUCGAAAGUGAUAUUUCGAUCGUUUUCGAAUUUACCAUUCCCUAUUCCAAUCGUUUUGCUCGUUUCGAACGAAAGUGUUAGAAAAUUUCGAAUAUGCAUCGAUCUGUCAAAAACCGAUAAACAAAAAGAAACACCGUAUUAAAUAGCGGCGAGUGCGAGUUGAAUUUCAGUUAAUUUUUGAUCCUAAGAGAAAUUUGUGAGAAAAUUUUCUCGUUCAAUGGAUUCCGUUUUGUUACCGAAUUUGGCGGAGCAAGAAGAAAUUGGAAUGCCUUGCUACCAUCGGCGAAACCACCGAAAAUCAACCGACUUCAUGAAACUUUCUGAUGAAGCAUUCAUCAAAAGUUUUCGUCUAAGUAAGGAAGCUUUUCGGUACGUUUUAGAGGAAAUUGAGAACUGCCUUACCACAAGGAAAGGUGGUCUAUCCACGGAGGUGAAACUCGCAGCAUGUUUGCGAUUCUUUGCUGAAGGAAAUUAUCAACAUGGAGCAGGGCAAGAUUGUCACAUUGCCAUAGCACAGCCCACAUUUUCCAAGGUGCUGACUGAAAUGCUUAACAUUCUGGAGCGGACACUGUGUAAGAAAUGGAUUUCCCUAAAUAUGACGGAAGACGAACAGCGGCGUGCUAAACUACACUUCUAUCAGAAAACAUCAAUUCCGGGUGUUAUUAUGUGUUUGGAUGGAACCCACGUAAAAAUUAUUCCACCUAAGCUGAAUCGAAAUUUGUUUUUUAAUCGGAAGGGAUUUUAUAGUCUCAACGUUCUGAUUGUUUGUGACGAUCAGCAAAGGAUUCGUUUCGUUGAUCCUACCUUCCAGGGAUCUAAUCAUGACUCUCAUAUAUGGCGUGUAAGCCCUGCAAGAACUCACUUUGAGCAGCUUCACCAAAAUGGUGAAGUUAAUACUAAGAUUCUAGGUGAUGCUGGUUAUCCAUCGGAACCUUGGUUAGUUACCCCAUUCAGAGCAGCGGAGGAAGGGAGUUUGGAGAGCGAUUUUAAUCGCAGGCAUGCCUUGGGUCGUGCUAUCGUCGAGCGGACAAUCGGUUUACUAAAAAAUCGGUUUAGAUGCAUCCUUGGCGCGAGACAACUUCACUACAAUCCUACUAAAUGCGCUCAAAUUAUAAAUGUAUGCUGUGCACUUCACAAUAUAUGCUUAGAAUUUAGUCGUUCUCAGUAGUUAUAAUAUGUU